AUGACGACCCUCCUCCUAUCUGCCACAGAUAGUUUUGCAACAAGUGGGCCUGCGAUCAGUGAUGACGCCGCAACCGAGAGUUCCAUAACUGAAACGACUACAGAUAAACAGGUUGUCACCACAGACUUUGUCACACAUUUGGGAACUGUGACAACUGACCUGCCUACUUCAUUAGCAGGAGUGGGUCAAAAUUCAGGACAAUCUGAAGUGGCUGAUUCGGAUGAAACAACCACGCUGCCAAGCACAUUGUCGACUAAUCAGAACACGUUGACUUUUGACACCGAAUCGACCUUGUCGCCCAGUAAUUUUGUUAGUGAAACUACACAGCCUAACACUGAUAACAUUUCAACUACUAUUUCAGAUCAAACAGAGGAAAAUGAAGUCACAACAUUGAGUGGUGUUACUUUAAACGUUACAGAGCCAGAAUCCUUUACAACUAAUGACGAUUCAGUUUCCGUAACAAAUGUUGAUGAGAGUACUACGGUUUCUAUCGACUUUUCUGUAUCAACGAUACCAGCAGUAACUGCAGAUUCCAUUAGCACUAUAGUCGGAGAAGAAACAAAUACGCCCCUUUUUGAAGAUUUAAAUCCGGUGACAGAUUCUCAGUUUCCUACUACUAUAAACGUUGAAAAUGAAUCUAUUACUUCUGAAAGUACGACCACUGAUUCACCGAUUACGUUCAAUCCCACAACAUCUACUGUUUCGGCUGCAACUUUUGGCCAGGAAACAACUCAAGGAGAUACAAAUGUAUCCACUGAGCAGAAUCCUACACCAACAAACACUCAGUCUCCUGCAUUCCCUGAAGAGAUAACGAGUGAAAAUGAGAAAACGACUACUUCGUUGCCCGCCACUUCUACUUUAGCUGGCGAAACUACACAGUUUGAGCAAAAGCCAUCUUCGACGACAGAACCAGAAUUCGAGUUAACAACUGAAAAUCUUCCCAGCUCCACAUUGCGUCCAGGUACGGCUAGCACAACAGCAGUGGAUCAGGGUGUCGUGACUACUCAGGAGAGUUAUACUUCCGAAGAUGAUAGUACAUCAACAUCUCAACCUUUUUCAAACUUGAUGUCCACGGCGUCAUCACCCGAUGUAACAACUCCUCAAGAAAACCCUGUAACUGGUACUUUGAAUUCUGAAAGCACAGUUAGUACAUUACAGGCUUCUGAUAGCUCUGCAACAAGUAGACCGACCACUACUGAUGAAACCAUUUCUGAAGGUUCCACUACUAGGACAACAACAACUGAGGAGCAGAUAGCCGUCACAGAAGUAACGACUCAGUCGGAAACUAUAAGUAUUGAUACGUCUACUUCAGUACCAGAGGAAGGCCAAAGUUCAGGGCAAUCUGAAGUGUCUGAUCAAAGCGAAAGCACUACUUUGUCAAGCAUUCUAUCAUCUAUACAAAGUACAUUAUCUUUCACUACUGAUUUACCGUCGUCAACAAGUCAAGAGACCUCUGAAACCGUACCGGAAAACACGAGUGAGAUUUCGACAACAACUUCUGCUCAAAGUGAAGAUUCUCAGGUCACAACCCUAAGUAGUACGACUGUAAUUGUUACGGAGCCGCAUUUUCCAACUACUAUCGAGCCAAUUUCCGAAACAACCACUGAUAUUGGUACAACAAUUACUGAUUCCUUUACUACACAAACAACUCGAGCAACCACUUCUGGAGGUCAAGAAACAACUGUCUCUGUCCAGGAAGAUGUAACUGAAUUCCAGUCUUCCGCUGCUACACUAACUUUCAGCGAAACUGCAACAGAGGUCAGCACCACCAGCGAAUCGACGACUUCCUUUAGUUCCACACCAUUCACUAGUCCGUCAACGACUAGUGGGUUACCUAGUCAGGAAACUACUUUAGGAAUUGUGACGACCUUGUCGAGUGAGCAAAUACCUACAUCGACAGAAAGCCCUGUUACGCAAGAUGUGACGAAUGAAAGUGAAACGACUGUUUUCUCAUCCACCUCCUCAGUUUUAGAACAAGAAACGACAGCAUUUGAACAACAGCUUUCUACGAUAGAAGUACCAGUAUCUGAAACAACAACAGAGAAGCUCAAAGACCCAACAGAGGCACCAGAAACAUCUUUUACAACGACGGUUGAUGAUAAGAAGACGACCACUGAAGAGAGUUUUCUUUCCGAACAAACCACAACAUCGUCUAAGCCUGUGAUCAACACAGAAUUCACCACGUUUUCACCUGAAAUUACAAGCGUGCAUCAGGACAACGUACCGACUGAUUCUUUAGAUUCCGAAGGCACUCCGACUACGCAGACUACUGAUGAUUCUACAUCAACUAAACCGUCAACAAGCGAUGCAACCGUUUCCGACGGUACCACUACUGCGGAAACAACUACCCCUGAACCGCUAACCGAAGAAAACUUCACAGCAGUUGAGUCGGAUGUUACGACAGUUACUUCAACUUCGGAAACGGAAGGUGAUAAGACUACAGAACAAACAGAAGUGUCUGAACAGAGCGGCACAACCACUUUAUCGAGCAUUUUGUCAUCGAUUCAAACCACAUUGUCGUUCACUACCUGGCCCUCAACACCGGUGGACGAGACUACGCAGAAUCCACUUAACAAUACCGAAGGUGUCUCGACUACUAUUGAACAGCAGGCUGAUGAAGUUGAGGCUACAACAUUGACCAGUGUCACUCAAAGUGCUACGGAACUUAGUAAUCCAAGUGCUACCAGUUCAAUUUCUGAAAACACCGAUAUCGGGACAACAGCUGGUUCCGGUACUUUGGACGGUCAAGGAACAACCCCUUUGGCGCAGGAAGAUUCAAAUCAUUUAACAGAGUCUCAGUCGCCAGUUGAUACAACCGUUGGAAAUGAGAUUGUAACUCCAGAAAACACCGGUACGGAAACAACGACUUCUUUCAGUAGCCUGCCAUCUAGCAGUCCGACAACGACCGAUGUAUUGUCUAGUCAAGAAACGACUUCAGCAGAGCAGCAAUCCACGUUAAUAGAAAAUCUGUCAAGCGUUGGGACACAAGAUGUGGCGACUGAAAGCACAACUGUUUUUUCGGUAGUGACGGCAAGUUCAGAAAACGGCACUACACCAUUUGAGCAAACUCCCUUUCAGACGGAAGUACCAACAUUCGGAAUAACGACUGAAAAUGUAACCCCACCCACGGCUCAAGAAAUGACAUCUUUUACACCAACAGUAAAUGAUGAUGCCACGACCACUCAAGGAAGUUCCACAGCCGAACAAGAACCAUCGUCGACGUUUGAGUCGCUGACAACGUCUUCACCUGAGAAUACGAGCCCGCCGAAGGAAACUCCUGCAACUGAUUCUCAGGAUUCUGCCAACCGUUAG